AUGGAAAACUUUUUCACGAAAAAAGUACAAAACGUGUUUGCAAUUUUGAAGAGGAGCAACCAGGAGGAGGGAGACACCUCACAUGGCGAAACGAAAAAUAUAAAAUCUGAUGAGGCGGGAGCGGGUGAUAAAAAAAAAAACGCCUCUUCCAAAGUGUCCACAGAAAAGGACCUGAGGAAGGACCCAAAGAGAAAACUCAACAAUGAAACAACCGACGGUACGAAGAAAAAGGAAAACACGUCCACGGAAGCAAAAGAUAAUGAUCAUAGCGUAAUUAAAAAAAGGAAAUUAAUAAAACUACAGAACAAGGACAAUGUCUACCUAAUUGACAAUUUUAUCAAUAUAAAAAAAUGCAAUGAUGGUAAUCAUUCCAAUGGGAGGGACGUGAAAAAGAAGGAAGGGGCAGUUCCAUCGACGGGUACCUCUCCUACCAUUGCCAGUAGGGCCACGUUGAAUACCCCCAACAUUUGCAAUUUAUUGUCGAUAAAGAAGGACGAAAGUGACAAGAAAGCCAAAGCGCAGGAAACGCGUCUUAUUAACAGCAAUAAUCAAAGUGCAGUUGACCUCGAACAGACGCCAGACAACCGCCCCACCGAACAAGCCGAAACGGACAAUAGUGCAAAAAAGGGAAAGAACACCAAUUUAGUCUCCACGACAAACACAUGCACAAAGAAGGAGGAAGAAGAGGACGAAAAAAAAACAACUGAGAAGAAAAGGAACAACCAGAAGGAAGAGCAAAAUGGUCAAGCCUUUUUAAAAAGCAUGACCGAUAAAAAAAGUGAAACGAAAAAACAAAAAACCAGUCAUGCCAUAAUUAACACAAAUAAUUUUAACCAAAAAGAGAAUUCACCUUUUGCUAAAGAUACCGGAGGGGAGAAGAGGGUUAACAGAAUUGAUGAAAUUUUUAAAAGCCUCAUAGAGGAAAGUAGGAGGAAAGAGAAACAGUUAAGCAUCCCCGACAGUAGUGGCAGUACACCUUGUGAGGUAAACCAUAUUAACAACUCCCAUGGGGAAAGUACCCCAGAUGAGAAUAAAAAGGAACAAAAGUUGGAAGAUGAGUCUGCAAAAAGGGUGGAUGAAUGUAACCAUAAUGAUUACACAUCUAUAAGUAAUGCCAAAGAUAAAAUCGUGACGCAGGAAACGUUACAUAAAGAUGUUGAACCAGGUGAGAAAGAGCAAAAGGGAGGUUCCCCCACGAAUGGGGUGAAACUCCAAAGGGAUGAGCCUCUCCAAUGGAACGGAAGUCAUGAUAGUUUGGGGGUGACCAAAACGGACAGUCCCGCCCCCAGCCCAAGUAACAGCGUGCAAAGCAGCGCUGGAAGAAGCCUUCAUAGCCUCUCCGUCAGCCAUUCUGUCAGCCCUGUUAAGGAGGACACCAAGUCAAUGGGAGAGAACCAACCUGAGGGGCAGCCUCCCCUCUGCGGGGAUGAAAAGAGCACCUCCCAAUCUGAGGGCGCAACACUAGAGGAACCCCCUUGCGAUACAAGCGAAACGGAGGAGGCAAACAGUGUGAAGAUAAAGUUCCCCCAGUUUGCAAUGAACCAAAGCAAAAAGCUAAUAAACGAAACAAAUGAAUUUUUUAACAUGUACCAUUUGAACCUUAAAGUGGAACACCUACCGAUGGGGAUCUCCAACGAUUUAAAAUUAUUGAUGGAAAGAAAAAAAAAAAUUGUUCACAUAAUUAGUGAUUAUAAAAAUGAGUUGAGACAGAGGAGUAAUCAUCCCAGAAGGGAAGAAAAAAACGAAAAGGGGACGGACCAACACGAAGGUCAACUGCAAACGAUGGUGGAAGCAACAUCGGUGGGUGAAGUCACUUCAGAGAAACAGGAAAAUGAGGCCACCCCAGGGGAGGACCCACCACAGGAUGAUAAUAAUAAUAGUGGCGUCGCGAUUGAGGAGUUUGAAAAUGUGAAUGAACCCAAUGUGAGUUCCAAGACGGAGGAAGUAAAGCCCGGAUCACCAACGAUGGAAAAUAAAACCCCCGUUAAAAACUGCGAAACGAUGACUGAUCAAUGCGAUGUAGAAUUUGUGCCGGAGGAUAGGAACUGUUCUUCCGCGAAAGAAACGGCAAAUCAUGUGCAAGACGGAGUUAUUAAGGAGGAUGUGAAGAAAGGUAACAAACACCUGCAGGGAAGGAAGAAAAGAAAGGGCGAGGAGAAGAAACUCGAAACGGGGGUCCCCUCAUACGACAAUAUGAACUACCUCAGUGAUGACGAUAAGGAGAUCGUAGAGAAGGAGCACAGGAAUUUCUUGACCCUUUUGGAGAAGGUAAAUCGUGGGGACUGCUCCGGAGGGGUGGCCAUCCAACCAGAUGAAAAGCAGCAGCCAGGUGAAGGAAGCCUCUUGGAGGAACCAAACGAAGGAACCCCCGUGGACGCCGCACCACAAGUGGAGGAAGCAAAAGUAAGCAAGGAAGAAUUCAUCAAAAGCAUGAUGCAAGACCUAACCCAAAAUUGCAGUGAAGAAAAGAACUACGAAGAGAACAAGCAAAUAAAAGACGAAGAAACGAAAUUUCAAAAACUGAAAGAAACAAUAACACGCAUAAAAAUAAAAGAAAAAAAAAUCGAUGUGCUUCUUAGCAGUAGUGAGAACCUUUUUAAGUACACCAACAUGUACAGGCGUCGACAAAUUUUACAUGAAAAAAUGCUAAUGAAUUGGAGUUAUGUGCAAAAUGCAGUGAAUAAAAAAAACGACGUAAGAAAUAGGAACCUGCCAUUUCAACUACUAGAACUGGAUAAUGAUUUAACGGAAAAUUUACCUAAAGUUUAUGACGAUAUUCUGUUGGACCACUUUUCAGGCAUCAUAAUUACGUUAAAUGCGACCUCUUCCAAAACAACUGUGGAUGGAAAUGCAAUUCAUGUUCAGAAAAUUGUCUGUGGUUGUCUAAUUGAGUAUUUAGGUAUGUCUGAAAUUAACGUAAAAUGUAUCUGGGCUCAUCCAUUUUUAAAUGCACAAUCGACUUAUUACAUUUUAAGCGCAUUUUUGCCCAGAGUAAUUUUAGAGGCAUUCCUAAAUUAUAGAGGACCCUCAGGGAAGGAAAUUCUUCCCAACCAGUUAAUGGAUUCUUCCUGCCUUGAGGAAGAGCACACGGAAUGUAAGACCCCUGAGGAGGUGACCCAAUCGAAAAAGAAGAAAAGCUUUUACGACAGGCUACACCAACUUAGGGAAAGCGAUUCAAAUGAAGGGAAAACUAUCAAGAAUGAAAAAGAAGAAGAAAGGACGGAAAAUAGUCACACAAACGAGGAAGAUGCCUUUUUUAGCAAUUUCGCCAUGCAGCAGUACCCCCCAAUGUACUUCCUAAAUUUUAGUAAGGACUGUGCUGAGCUUCUACAAAUGUUGGAUAGCCACACUGUUGAAGGCGAGGGAAGGAAUGCACAAGGGAGCGGACACUACAGUUAUCCAACCUGGGAGGAGGACCCCCUACAUGAGGAAGAUCUCCCUUCUGCAGAACAUACACAACAAGAUAGCGAACCAGACGGAAAAAACAAAUCAGGAGAAAACAAGGCAGAUAAAUUUAUAAACAUCAUCUUUAGCGACAUUGAUAUUUUCCCCAGGCAGUGCUACCUUCUGCUCUGCUCAUACAAGUACAUGUGCUUAAAUAUGCAUUACGACACGGACUGCUAUACUGUGCACUACGAUUUGAAUUUAAAAAAUAUUCAAAAGGAAAACAUCGGGAAGAAUACCGAGUUGUCCAACCUGUGCCCCUGCACGUCUGUGAAAAAUGUCUCCUCAGAUGGGGAGGACUCCUACGAGCGGAUUAUCGGAUGUAGCGAGCUGUACAUGUACUAUAUGAUGCCGAAAGGGGAGGAACGCGAAAAACUGGGGUUGCUGGAAAGGAACGGCUGGAGAGACUUAAUCCCAAAUACCUUUAAUGAAGACAUAAGCGAAAAUAUUUCCAGAAUUGUCAAAACAAGAACCAGCAUAAGUAACCUCUAUGACCACAUAUCCAUACAAAACAAACAGAAUGAAAAAAAUUACACCUCGGCAUACGUAAAUAAAUACGAGUGGUGUGGACUGAAAAUGAAGGACAUUCGGAACAUGAUGAAUGAGGACUUUAAUUAUGAGUCGCCGAAGAAGAAGUGA